UGGUGAAACUCUGCUCUUGUGUCUAUUUGUGUUUAGUUGGGCUCUUCUAAACUAGUGAGUUUAAAAAAGUACAGAUUCCUCACAGAGAGUGAACACUGACACUGGUGAACAGCCCAUAGCCAGAGCAGAGACAGAGCAUUGAACAUGCUGAACAUGAAGACACCUGGAGCUGUGCUGCUGUUGCUGUGGUCUGGUCUGGUUGUGGUUGCAGCAGAGAGUGGAGGCCUCCAGGAUGAAGCUACAGGUGCAGACCCUGCCUACCCCCAACAGAACUCCCUGUCUGAGGUGCAUGCUGUGCUGAGAGAGAUGGCAGCUCUGAUAGCGGAGCAGAGAGUGGAGUUCAGACUUACUAAAGCACAAAUAGAGACACAAAUAGAGGAGCUGAAGAAAGAAAAUGGAGCUUCGGUGGUGAAUCUGAGUGCUGCUGAGGCCAGGCUGUCAGCCAGUGAGAGGACAGUGGAGGAGCAGAGAGCCCAGCUAAAGGAGCUGAAGGACUCCAACACGGACAUGAACAACAAACUAAAGCAGCUACAGAGUAUCAGUGAAGACAGUAAGGUGGCCUUCUCCGCCUCCUUCUCAGUGUCGGCUAACAAACACAUCGGGCCCUUCAACACAGAAACUGCCCUGGUCUUCAACCAUGUCUUCAUCAAUAUUGGCAGCGCCUACCACCCAAACACAGGCGUCUUCACGGCUCCCGUGAGAGGAGUGUACCAGUUCCGCUACCACAUCUUUGCCGGAGGUGCACACGGAGCCGGAGCUAACCUCCAAAGGAACGGCCAGCACGUGGUGGCCGCCUACAACCACAAAGCCCCCCACGAUAUCAACACCUCCCAGGGGGUGUCCCUGCUGCUGGAGGUGGGCGAUACAGUGGGCCUGCGUCUGGGGCAGGGGGCCUGGGUCUCUGCUUACACUGGCCACUAUACCACCUUCAGCGGGCAACUCCUCUUCCUCAUGUGAUGGGGAGGUGUCUACACACACAUGCACACACACACACAUACACACACUGACACACACAAACAUACUCACUCACACACUCCUACAGCAUGCAUGCACAUGCUUACAACACACUCACAUGAAUACACAAACACACAUUCUCUCCUUUAUAACAGCUGUGAUGAUUUUACUGCAUGCACAGAUGGUUUUACUAUGUGGUGUUUCACAGUACACUGUGUAUGAAAAUAAAUGAUCAUUUGGAUCAAUAUGUA